GAGUAAACAAGUAGACAAAGGCAAUUAAAGUUGCGCAUAAUCACCCCUUUGUCAUAAUUGUGCAUUACGCGUUAAAUGGAGUUGCAGGGAGAAUGGGCGCUGCUUCAAUAAAUCCUCUGUCUGUUAUUUUACUCCGUAUUUUAUUAUUUUCUUUUGUUUGGUAGCUAAAAUGUCUGCAAGACAAGGAACGAAAUCCCAAAAACCAAGCUCAAGAGUGGCGAAUUCUCCAGCUUCUGCUACCACUUCAUCGUCGAAACAGUUCCGGGAAACUUAUAUUGACUGCGCGACCUCGCCGGCGGCGUCAUCAUCCGUCCGGAGCAAGCCUCGGUACUAUUACUCGGAAAGUUCCCCUCUGAGCUCGGAGAGAUCCAAGGAAAAUGUUACAGUGACUGUACGGUUUAGGCCUCUAAGUCCUAGAGAGAUUCGACAAGGGGAGGAAAUUGCGUGGUAUGCAGAUGGGGAUACUGCUGUGAGGAAUGAACAUAAUCAAGCAUUAGCAUAUGCAUAUGAUCGAGUGUUUGGCCCUACAACCACAACACGGCAAGUCUACGAUGUGGCUGCACAGCAUGUUGUUAGUGGUUCCAUGGAAGGGAUUAACGGGUGGACUGGUGGUUAAAACUUAAAAGUAUGGUAAAUGGAAAAACAACACAGGCUCCCGCCCUCUUCAAGGAAGUGUUCGUCGGUUCCAUCGAGCACACAAGAAGAAUUAUUUCUCCAAAAGAUUGAUGAUCUUAUUCAUUAAUAUAGCACCACUAUUUAUACUAGUCCCAAGAGUCUUGGUGGUCUAUUAAUAGAGUAACCUUAAUUCUGUUACAAUGCUUUUAUUAGGAAAUGAACUAAAAUAGAAUAUCUCUACUGAUAGGAAACUGCAACUAAUAAUAACCUUAGGAAACUAACCCUAAUACUCUAGGAAACUAAUUAUAAGAAUAAUGAAUAGUAAUGAUAAUAGUAUUAUUGGUCUUCUUCUUUCCAUAUCACAAUAUGGAUGGAUUUCUGAAAUUGAUAGUGGGCUGAAAGCUGUUUCUGUUAGGGAUUGUUUACUUUUUAUCCCCAUCAAGUCCCGUCUGAAUUAAGAUGUUUGUGUUUGUUAGAUGUCAGUACGAAUUAAGUAGUUUUUAUAUAGGGGCUGUUUACUAUGUGUGCUAACUGCUAAACAAACAGUCUGAUUUGGGAAUUAACCAAUUUAAGGUUAUUUUCGGGCAUCCUUUUCAAUGAGUAUUCUCACUUAAAAACACACAUCUAUUCCAUAUUGCGAAUGUUUAGCUUUGGUAUUUUGUAAUUACUUUUACAAAAAAGUCUAAUUUGCUAGAUUUUAGAAAAACAAUUAGCAGAGUUUGGUGGUUAUUCCAUGCAGGGUGGACUGGUGGAGAGAGGAAUACUUCAUGACUUCAUUUUAUGAAAUUAGUUAAGUUGAUCAGAAAAUUCUAAGUUUCCUAAAAGAGUCACUUUUGGGCUAAAUACGCGUGUGCAGCAGAGGGAAUAACACAUGAAAGUUUAACAAUUUAGUUAGUUUUUGGCUGAGCGAAUAAGCUUUAUUUUUAAUAAAUAAGCCAUGUUUUUAAUUAAGCCAUAAAUGAACACGACUUCAAUGGCGAAGCGAUUUAGUCAUUCUCCAUGUUAAGCCCAUUAGUUCAGAAGCAAAUAACCCUUAGUUCUGAAGUGCCUAAGUGAAAUGAUAUAAUAUUGGCAUGUUGCUGAAGCACAGUUUUACAAAGAUCACUUUCUGAUCUUGGGAUCUGAAGGCGGUUAUGUUACACUUCAAAAUUGUAUUGUAGUUGCGGUUUUAAGGGGCUUCUAUCUUAUGAUUCAAUCUAUUCAAGGUGGUGGAUUGUGCUGAUAUCCUUGUGUGAUACGAAAACAAAAGUACAAGUUAGAGACAACCAGAAACAUUCAUGAACUUGUGCAAAUGAACAGCGUGGAUUAACUAUUAAUCUGGAAAGUUGGCUUUAGUCUGCAACUCUGCAAUGGUCUGUUCGUGGUGGUUUGUCAUGAUGGUGAUGCUACCAAGAAAUGUUUUGAUAUGAAAAAUCAAAUUCUGGGAAUUGGCUAGUUUCUGUUAUAUCUGCAGCAAAAAGACACUAUUUCAUGACAGUCUAUUUAUGUAGUUAUAUAUGAAAUCAUUUUCUUUGAAAGUUUUUCCCUAUUUAUGGUUAUAGAAUCCAUUAAACCAACAAACACGUUUCUUAACAAUUCAGAGUUCUUUUGCCGGUCAUCUAUUUAGAAUGUCUUGGGUUCUUAACUAUGCAUCUUCUAUGGAAUCAAUUAGGAGGGUUUUGUUUGUUAAUUUGUUUGCUCAUUAUCAAGACUCCUGAAUGACUUGAACCAGUAUAUGUUUCCGAGCAUAUUGUCACUUUUUAGACGAAUGGGAAACAAGGAUAAAAUGAAAAAAACUUAGAAAUGUUUAGGUUAUGGUUUGUCACGGGAUGCCCACUCUAGACGCAUCAUCCCUAUGUCAUUGGCUCAUUGAAAAAUUCUGGUAUUCAUUAUCCAGACAUCCACCCAAUUCAGACUUCUCCAUAAAAGCGAAUGUUUAAUAGGAAGUUAGAUGGAGCAAUGCUGGUUGAGAUGCGAGUUUAUGGGAGAGAGAAAGUUCAAAGCUGAUGGUAUAAUGGAGUAGCCUGGAGCUAGAGAAUGCUCGCCAUGGAAUGCAGUGAGGGAUGAAAUGAGUUGAUUGCAGGUUUUACAUGUGAUUUUAUAGGAAUAGCUUUUAGGAAAAAAGAAAACAUAGGGAUGACUUUGUUACUGAGAGCAACAAUGAGAACAAGGUGUUUUGUAAGAAGACUCUAUUACCACGACCAUUUUUAUAUUAUGUGUAUGUGGGCGUGAAUAGAAACACAAAUAUGAGUUUUCAUUCUAUUUAUGGGUUUUGUACUAAACUACUAAUUGAGUUGUGUAAAGCUUAUCUCAGUUGUUUAAUAUUUGAUUUUGAUUCUUAUUUUGGAGUUAUGGAACAAACAACCCCUUACUUGAUGAGAUAUAGCACUCCCUUUAACUAUGUGAAGCCAUUUGCUUUUAAAACUUGCGUGUUAUAUACGACCAGCAGGCAUUUGGUUUGUAAUUCAUGGACUUAUGUUGUCUGUUUUUCUACUUCAAGUAUUGGAUCAAUGGAUUUUCAACCAAGCAUCCAUUAUGCAAUCAUUUACUUGAUAUUGCCUCAGUCUCCUUUACACUGUAUAAUGUUUGAGCAGUUGAUUACUUCAUAUUUCCUUUAAGCCUCACUUUCAAUUUGCAUAAUGUCCGUGCAGUUGUGUAGUAUUCUAAUCCUUAUCAAGAGAAUUUGUUUCAAGCAUCAAUCUUGCUAAAGCCGAGUACUUUUUUUGCUGCUUCUGUCCAAUCACAGGCACAAUCUUUGCAUAUGGGGUUACAAGCAGCGGUAAAACUCACACCAUGCAUGGUGAUCAGAGGUCCCCUGGUAUUAUACCAUUGGCUGUGAAGGAUGCCUUCAGUAUAAUUCAAGAGACUCCUAGCCGAGAAUACCUGCUUCGUGUGUCAUAUCUGGAAAUCUACAAUGAGGUUGUUAAUGACUUGCUAAAUCCUGCUGGACAAAACCUAAGAAUAAGAGAGGAUGCUCAGGGGACCUUUGUGGAAGGAAUCAAAGAAGAAGUUGUUCUAUCCCCAGCUCAUGCCCUAUCUCUUAUUGCUGCAGGGGAAGAACAUAGGCAUGUUGGCUCCACAAACUUCAAUCUACUGAGCAGCAGAAGCCAUACAAUAUUUACUCUGACAGUAGAGAGUAGCCCUUGUGAAAAUAGUGAAGGUGAGGCUGUUAGCUUGUCACAGCUGCAUCUCAUUGACUUGGCGGGUUCUGAAAGCUCUAAGGCUGAAACUACUGGUGUGCGCAGAAAAGAGGGGUCAUAUAUCAACAAAAGUUUGCUAACUCUUGGAACUGUUAUAUCAAAAUUAACAGACGAAAAGGCUGCUCAUAUACCAUACAGGGAUUCAAAACUGACCAGGCUUCUUCAAUCCUCACUAAGUGGGCAUGGGCGUGUAUCUCUUAUUUGCACCGUUACACCCUCCUCUAGCAAUUCGGAAGAAACUCAUAACACGUUAAAGUUUGCACACCGUGCAAAACACAUCGAGAUCCAAGCAGCGCAAAACAAGAUCAUUGAUGAGAAAUCACUUAUCAAGAAAUAUCAAAAUGAAAUUCUCCAUCUGAAAGAGGAGUUAGAACAACUAAAGAAAGGCAUUGUUACAGUUCCACAAGUGAAGGAUAAUGUUGGAGAAGAAUAUGUGCUUCUAAAACAAAAGCUAGAAGAUGGUCAGGUCAGAUUGCAGACAAGACUGGAGCAGGAAGAAGAAGCAAAAGCUGCUUUACUUGGCAGAAUCCAACGUUUGACGAAACUAAUUCUAGUAUCAUCUAAAGCUUCACAAUCUUCCAGAUUUCCUCAUCAUGCAGGCCAUAGAAGAAGACAUUCUUUUGGAGAAGAAGAGCUUGCGUAUCUACCCCAUCGAAGGCGAGAUCUGGUCUUGGAUGAUGAUGACAUUGAUUCGUAUUGUUUCCAAGAUAACAACAUUGAAAUGGUUGAUGAUACAAUAAAGGAAGGAAAAAAGACAAGGAAAAAUGGAUUGCUUAAUUGGUUAAAGCCGCGGAAACGGGAAGGUAGCAGCGGGACAAUUGCAAGCACAAGCGACAAAUCUAGCGGUCUCAAGUCAAAUAGUACUCCUUCCACCCCGCAGGCAGAGUGUGGUAAUGUUCACAUGGAAUCACUGCAUUCAAAUUCCUUGCCGACAGAAAACAAUAGUUCUAGAGACAUUCCUGGGGAUAACUUUUUAGGACCAGAGAUUCCCAUGACUAGCAUAAAGACCAUCGAUCAACUUGAUCUACUGAGGGAAAAACAAAAGAUUCUGCUGGAUGAAGUGGCACUCCAUACCAGUGCGUUAAAAAGGCUUUCAGAUGAGGCAUUUCGGAGUCCUAAUAAGGAACUCAUACAAGUGGAGAUAAGAGCACUGAGAGAUGAUAUCAAAAGGAAAAAUGAGGAAAUAGCUUCACUGGGAAAACAAAUUUCUAAUUCUUUCAUGGAUUCUCAUGAGAAUAUCACUUGCUUUGAAGAUUCAUUAUCUGUUGCAGAACUUAUGGCACAAUUGAAUGAGAAAUCUUUUGAACUUGAGGUUAAAGCUGCAGACAAUCGUAUAAUUCAAGAGCAGUUAAAUCAAAAGACUGUUGAAUGUGAAGAACUACAAGAAACAAUUGCCUCCUUGAAACAACAACUUUCAGAUGCCCUAAAUUCUGGUCCUUCUUCACUUGGUGAUUCACAAAAGUUGUCAGCAACAAAGCGUUUGUUAGGACAACUUCGGAAUGAGAAGGAAAACCCAGCAACAAAGAAUACAAAGGAAGCGUUACUUCUUCAAUCCCAGGCGAUACAGCUUGAAGAGCUCCAACGAAAAGUGGUAGAGCUAACGGAGUCAAAAGAUCAACUGGAAUUUAGAAACCAUAAACUGGCAGAGGAGAGUUCAUAUGCCAAAGGAUUAGCAUCCGCUGCUGCUGUUGAGCUAAAGGCACUAUCAGAAGAAGUCUCAAAGCUAAUGAACCAAAAUGAAAGACUUUCUUCUGAACUAGCAGCAGCCACUGCCCAAAAGAGUUCCCUCACGCAGCGGAGAAACAGUAUCCCCAUGCGGAACGGGCGGAGAGACAACCAUGUCAGGCGGAGCGAUCAAAGUGCAAGUGUGGUCCCCACCACAGACAUUAAGAAAGAACUAAGCGAGAGCAGGGAAAGGGAGGCUUUAUAUGAAGCUGCGCUUGCGGAAAGGGAUCGCAAUGAAGCUGAGCUACAAAGAAGGAUUGAUGAAGCCAUGGAAAGAGAAGCUUACCUUGAGAAUGAACUGGCGAACAUGUGGGUUAAAGUAGCAACAUUGAAGAAUGCUCAAGAAGAUGGAGAAGAAACGAGGGGGAGUCAGAGGACUGAUGGGUUUGAUGUUCUUUGGAAUGAAGAGGGGGCUUAGAAAUUUCUUUAGAGGUAGUUAGUAGUUACUAGGGAUAUUUCCCCAAAUAGGAUUACAAACAAUGAGGCUUCCUUAAAUGGGUAUACAAUGUGUUUUUUAAUCUAAAUAAGAGCAAAGUAUUGUCAUCUUGAAAUCAGUGUCAUAUAAUGAGAUUAUCUAACAUUAAUAUGACAAUACUUAACUCCUAUUUAGGGGAAAAACAUAUUACUCAUUUCUAGGAAAAAUCCGUCAUGUUUUUGCUCCUAUUUAGGGCAAUUCUUUAGUUACUUCUAGUUGUCAAUUGCCGGGUUGUUCAUGUUUUUGUUGAUAUUCCUCUAAACAGCGUUUUUCUGGUUUGAGUUUUUGUGAUUGAUGUGGGGGGUGGUAUAACCAGCUGCAACUCCGUAAGCUGCAGCUCCGUAAGCCAAGCCGCUAAGGGGUGCCUUCCACUAAGUUGCAUACUUGUAUGUAUCGAGUGGUUAAAUAGAUUUCUCUGUACAAAUAUUUUCUGCGCAGCUAACAAUACGAACAGUUCCAUGACUUCUAUCUUUAUUUGAGAAAAAAAGAACAGUUCCAUGACUUCUAUCUUUAUUUGAGAAAAAAAAACAUUGAAGC